CACGUCCUCAGACCCCCGAGCGGCCGUCUCCGCCCCCAAAACCAACCCUCGUGCUCCUCCUCUAGAGAUCUUAGCGUGCGUGGCCGGGGAGGAUGCCGACCGAAAGGAAUGGGCCGGUCUCCCGACGGCGAGGUAGGAGGGACGUAGGAGCGCGGCGCCAUCGGUCACGGCCGCCGCGACAGCGACGACCCCAUCCAAGUCCACAUCUGGCAGGGCUGGAGAUCUCCGGUCAAGGGUUGCAGGACGAGGAGAGGAGGAGCACCGCCACCUCGCGCUGCUCGUCGACUCGUCCGCACUGGAUGACCUCGUGUACUCACUUGAGGUGCCUAUCACGUGCAAGAUCGCCGGGCGGAAUCGAGCGAUGCGGACGACACCGCGACGGAGUGGUGUUCAGGUCCACACGUGAGGCGCAGAGACUGGCACUCCGCAUACCAGCGCGUGCAGCUGAUAGCAGUUUGGUGAGAGGUGGCGGUCCAUGAGGAGAAACCAUGGAUGUAAUGGUCGCAGUGCUCGCGCCAUGGCUGCCUGGAGCAUGGGCCAUUUUUUAUCACAUGAGAGCCUCCUAUUUUUCCAUUUAAUUUUGCAUGUUCCUUGAUUUUCUGAUCGUUUAACACAAGCA